AUGUGUGGAAACCUUCUGGUAAUAAUCUCUAUCAUAUACUUCAAACAGCUCCACACUCCUACAAACUACCUCAUCCUCUCUCUGGCUGUGGCUGACCUGCUUGUUGGUGUUGUAGUUUUGCCUUUUAGCACAAUACUGGCUGUAAGCUCAUGUUUGCAUCUUGAAGGUUUGCUCUGUAAAGUCCGAAGCUGCAUUGACAUGUUUCUGUGCACAUCUUCUGUUUUGAACCUGUGCUUUAUUUCUAUUGAUAGAUAUUAUGCAGUGUGUCAGCCUCUGAGGUACAGAACUAAAAUAACUGUCCGUGUUAUUGUGAUCAUGAUCCUAGUGAGUUGGACUGUUUCUGCUCUAAAUGGAAUUGGUGUCACAGUUCGGGGACUGAAUGAAGAACAAUCUAACAGGUGUGUUUUAUUUCAACAUACAAGUUUAGCAAUUAUGGGAACUUUUUUAACCUUCUACCUCCCAGGUUUCAUAAUGUCCACCAUCUACCUACAGAUUUUGAUGGUGUCACAGAGACAGGUACGCAGCAUCCAGAGCACAACCUGUCAGAACACAAAGUCUGGAGCAACCAUCAGUAAGAUGGAGAGAAAGGCCACCAAAACUCUGGCUAUUGUUAUGGGAGUUUUUCUCAUCUGUUGGACUCCUUUCUUUCUUUGUAUCACCUUUUACCCUUUGAGUAAUUAUACAAUACCAGUUUCUGUGAUUGCAUCAUUUAAAUGGCUUGGAUGGUCAAAUUCAAUGCUCAACCCAUUUGUCUAUGGUUUCUUUUACACCUGGUUUCAAACAUCUGUCCGAAUGAUAAUUUCUGGGAAAAUAUUUCAGGGUGAUUUUACUCAUUUUAAGCUCUUUUGA